UUCGUUGUAAUUUCCUUCGAGUUUCUUUGGACUACAUAGCUAUCGUUACUUUCUCUUCACGUGAUCGUCCAUGAGUCCCAAACAUAGCCCCCCACACUUUAAAUAGGUUUCGUUUCAUAUUGUUAUCGUUCCAAUUCCAACCAUUGUUUCACACAACAUCUACCCCUCUCCUAGGGUUUGAAUCUGUCUAACAUAAUUGCGCCAUCGAAGGGUUCACAAUCUUUAUCAACGAUCGCCCUCCAAAGAAUCAGAAAGAUUAGUUGACGCUGAACAAUGGGAUUCAAUUCAGUCUAUAAGGCAUUGCAGGAUGUCUUUCCACAGGUUGAUUCUCGUUUAUUGAGAGCUGUUGCGAUUGAGCACCCUAAGGAUGCUGAUUUAGCUGUAGAAGUUGUUCUUGUUGAUAUCAUCCCUCACCUGUCUGAACAAUCGCAAUCACCUUCAGUUAACUUUUCCAGUAAAGUUGAGAAUACACCCAGUCUCUUUGAAGUUGUUGUAGAUGGUGGCAAAACUGUUCAGCUUGAGGCAGCUAUGGGUUCUGAACAAUCAUAUCAAGCUGGUUCUUCCAGUACUGAUGCAAAUAGUGAAACUGCAAAUGUUGGUAAUGGUUUACCAGUACACUUGGAGAAAGGUGGAGACAAGAGUAAUGUUGAUGAAAGGGAUCUUUAUGUUAAUCGUGAUGAAGAAUCUUUUGGUAUCUUUGGUAAAAAUGUUGCACUUUUGGUUGAGACCUUUGAAAAUGAUUCUAAAGUUACUGGUUAUAUUCAAAAACAAUCUGGCUCUCGCUUUUCAAGCACCCCUGAACCUCAUUUAGCUGUCACUCAAGAACAGGAUCCUGGUAGUUCCUCAAAAACCCCAUCUGAAAACAAUGAUUUUGUAAAUGAAGAAAAUACAGAGGGUGAAUCCAUGAUGAACUCUUCCCUUACAAGAUCUGACCAAAUUUGUAGCACUGAGCUUCUCGAGGAUAUUCUUGAAGAAGCUAGGAAUGAAAAGAAAACCCUGGUGUCAACAAUGGAUUCAGUUGUUGAACUUAUGAGAGAAGUUGAAGAAAAAGAAAAAACUGCUGAAGAAGCUAAAGAGGAAGCCACACGUGACUGCUCGCAUAUUUUUGCAAAGGUGGAUGAACUAAAACAGGCACUUGGACGUGCAAAAGAAGCAAAUGACAUGCAUGCUGGAGAAGUGAAUGCUGAGAAGGCCAUUUUAGCAACUGAGUUGAAGGAGCUUCAGCUUCGCUUGUUAACUUUAUCAGAGGAGAGAAACUACUCGCUUAGAAUCCUUAACGAGAUGCGUGAGGCUCUAGAGAUUCGGUUGUCUGUAGCUUUAAAAGAAAUUGAGGCAGCAGAGGGACAAAAGCUGGAGAAAGAAAAAUUUGCUAGAGAAGCACUCGCAUACCAGGAAAGUCAAUUGGAAAAGGUGGUUGAAGAGUCCCAGAAGCUGCAGAGAGAAGCAGAGGAGAAUUCCAAGUUGCAAGAAUUUCUCAUGGACCGGGGACGCGCAAUUGAUAUCCUACAGGGAGAGAUUUCUGUGAAAUGCCAGGAUGUGAGACUGCUGAAAGAGAAGUUUGACAAGAGAAUCCCACUUUCUCGAUCACUAUCAUCCAGUCAGACAUCAUCAGUUUUAGCUCCAUCUUCAUCUUUCACCACCACCAGAGUAGUAGUGGCUGAACCGGAGGCUGAGCUGUAUGAAACCCCAAAAAAGAGCUUAGAGUUGGAUGAUCCUUAUUCACCCAGGUCUCCUUGCUCUACACAAACUGUAUUUCGUUUUGGAGCAGCUGAGAAACAGAGUAAUGAUGCUUGGAAGCUGCUUCUAAAUGAUGAUGAUUGGGAGCUGUUUGACAAAGGGGAAUUGUCAACCGGUGCUGCAUAGUGUUAUUAUACAAUAUACUUUUUUUGUCCCCAAAUAACCAACCGCUUUCGUCUAUCAACAUUAUAAUCUAUAUACAUAUCGAACCGUAAAUAUCCUUCCUUUUUGUUUAUAAGUUGCUUGCGAUGGAAUCUGAAUGGUUUUUGGUUUGGGUAUCUUUUUUUUGGUAUAUAGCACAUUUUGCUGUUAAUUUGCCUUUGUGAAUGUUUAAUAUGUGGUCUAAGAUUGUGUGUUUAUGACAUUUUGUGUUCAAGAGUCAUCACGUGUUGCAGCCUAUGUAUGGUAGGUGUGUAACCUGGUCAAGCUAACUCAUCAG